AAGGAAAGUUUGGCACCCAAUAAACUGUAAAACAAAAUACAAAGCUUUUCUUACUAUUAUCUCAACAAUUUUUUCCAUUCAAAUCACAAAACCAGAAAAUCUAAGAGCCCAAAAGAUCAAAUCCAAAUUAUUAAUUUUUUUUCCUUUGAGCUCUGUUUUUCCAGCUAACUUUGCCUUUAAAUAAAAUAGCUUUGAGUAAAACUAAACCUUCACAAACAUUUGCAGCUAAUUGUAUUUUUUUCCCUGUAAUUUUUAUUUUUUUGUGUUAAAAGCUCAGGAAGGAAGCUUCACAGUCUGUUGUUCUUGUUUUAAUUUUUUUCUCCAUCUGGGUUUUCUGUUCCGAAUAUAAUUUCUGGUUAAGUUUUCAAAUUUCGAAUGAGUGGGCAAUUUUAAAUUAGUAAAGUAAAAAUGGGUUUUUGUUAAAAAGCUCAAAAGAUACAAUUUUGGGGGGUUUAAGUGUUAACUAUGGAGGGUAGGGAAGGUGGUGUGAAUAGUAGUGGGGUUACAGUUGUGGGAUCAGAUGCUCCAUCAGACUACCAUGUCGCUCCAAGGUCAGAAAACCCGACCCACAACGCUGGAUCAACACCUCAUGUGCCGGUUGCGCCGCCACAGGCGGCGUCUCUGCCGGCGGCAGGGUCUAUGCCGAUGAAGAAGAAGAGAGGGAGGCCAAGGAAGUAUGGACCGGACGGGAGUGUCACCAUGGCUCUGUCACCGAAGCCCAUAUCGUCCUCUGCGCCGCCGCCGGUGAUCGAUUUCUCGGCGGAGAAGCGUGGGAAAGUGAAGCCACCCAGCUCAGUGAGCAAGACCAAGUACGAGGUGGAGAAUUUAGGUGAAUGGGUUGCAUGCUCGGUUGGUGCCAAUUUUACACCCCAUAUUAUCACUGUUAAUUCGGGAGAGGAUGUCAUGAUGAAGAUUAUAUCAUUUUCUCAACAAGGUCCUCGAGCAAUAUGCGUGCUCUCUGCCAAUGGUGUUAUUUCAAGUGUGACUCUUCGUCAGCCUGAUUCUUCUGGCGGUACAUUGACAUACGAGGGCCGUUUCGAGAUAUUGUCUUUAUCGGGUUCAUUUAUGCCCAAUGAAACAGGAGGGACAAGAAGCAGAUCAGGCGGGAUGAGUGUUUCUUUAGCAAGUCCAGAUGGGCGUGUUGUAGGUGGUGGAGUUGGUGGUCUGUUAGUAGCUGCAAGUCCAGUGCAGGUUGUAGUAGGCAGUUUUCUAUCAGGAAACCAGCAUGAACAGAAGCCCAAGAAACAGAAACAUGAUUACAUGGCUAAUGCAACACCAACUAUGGCUGUUCCUAUUUCAAGUGCCGACCCAAAAUCAAACUUCUCAUCCUCGACUGCCUUCCGUGGAGAUAAUUGGUCGUCAUUGGCAUCAGAUCCAAAAAACAAGACUGACAUUAAUGUAUCUUUGCCGGGAGGUGUAAUGUGAAGAGUAAGUGCUUCUAGUUGCAAUAUGAGGUUUCUCACUGACCACAUUGGCAAUUAAGCUCCCCUAUUCCCAACCGUUGGAUCUCACUUGUCCUUGUUUGUUGUUGUCUGUAACUUGACUGCUAGUAUCGUCGCAGGGUUCAACCCCAUUUGAGGUGUUCUUUAAUUUAGCCGCGUAGGAAGGCUUCUAGUGCUGCUUCGGCAGCCUGUUGUGACAUCUAGAGUAGUUUGAUCAUGUAAUAUUAGCGACCGAAUCUGCCUUUCCUUGGAUUGAUGUAAUGUGAUUUGAAGUUGUUUGAGACGUAUUCACUCAUCUUUCUCGAUCGUUU